AUGAGUCGUUUUCGUCAAAUAACAUACCAUGCAACUAGUCAGACGGUAGAUUUAGGAGCUGGACUCUUGUGGGAUGAUGUGUAUCAAGCACUGGAUCCAUUAGGUGUUACUGUUGUUGGUGGCCAAAUCUCUGGCGUAGGCAUUGCUGGACUUAUACUCGGUGGUGGUUACAGUCGGAAAUCAAACCAGUAUGGUCUCAGCAUUGACAAUGCAAUUGAAUAUGAACUGGUCUCUCCAGAUGCCAGAAUUGUUUGCGUUAACAAUAUGUCGUAUCCGGAUAUAUUUUUCGGCUUAAAAGGUGGAUUGAAUAAUUUUGGUAUUGUAACCAGGUUUACGAUGCGUGCUGUACCACAAACAGAACUUCUACCAGCCAACGCAUUCUCUAGUUUACGGAGUCGCCUCAGUACUGUCUCCAUCACACGAUUUAGCAUUAAUUUAUUGCAAGCAAUAAACAACCAACUCUUAUAUUACAAUUCAACAUUGGGUUCGAAACCUGGAGCAUGGUUUCAAAUCACUGUCGAACCAUUUCUUCCGACUUAUUUCGAUAACUCACAAGGUGGCGCUUAUCCACAUGUUCCUUCAUCCACACCACUUCUUCCUAUGAACAUUCAAUUCGCCUGGGCAUUACCAUCAGAUGAUAAUGUGUUUAUUGAUGGGAUUAAGUCAGUAACCAAGGCCAUUCGACAAGCAGCACUUGCUGAUUGUCAAGAUGUUGGUGGAUCAAAAGAGAUUCUCUAUCCAAAUUAUGCUCUCGAAGAUACACCUCUUGAACAAAUAACACGAAGUAGAAAACCAAACGAUAUUUUAUCUAUGCAAGAAACGGAAACAACUUCAAUGGAAACAACUUACAUGGAAACUCAACAACUUCAUUCAAGUCAAAAAGAAGCAAUGAAGAAAAUAGCUGAAUUUUCAGGAGAAGCUAAUGAACUCGAUAUCGAUGAAUGGUUAUUUGAUUUAAAUAAUUUAUUUUCAUUAAUGAAAUAA